GGGAGAGGGGCAAGCAGGGGAGGCUAUAUUUAGAGCUAUCGCCCGUCCGCUUAGACCUGUAGAGAGCUCGGAGCUCAGAGCCGGAGAGAGACUGGCCUGCAGGAUCACUGAUCGAGACAUCUGAUUUCACGCACAUACGCGCGCAGACACACUACAGCACUCUGUAACACAUGCACCGUAUCCACUCUAUAAAACUCACCGAGACGCUUCAGCAUGCACAAUCACACACAGGCUGUCUGUAACACACAGAAACUGCAGCAUGCACAAUCACGCGUAGAUGCUCUAUAACACACAGACACUACAGUGUGCACUAUCACGCACAGGACACUACAGAGUGCACAAUCGCGCAAAGACACUAUAGCUUGCAUACAGUCACAUACAGACACUACAUCCCGUCACACAGACACUACAGUGCCCACACAAUCACACACAGACUCUAUGACAGUACAGCUUGAAGACUGAAUAACACACACAGGCACCACAAUCACACACCUCCUGGCUGGGCUGAAGCGCAUUGGGACUGGACCACUUUUUCUCUCUCUCACGUUUUUUCACUGUUUUUCAAUUUUCACUUUUCUGUUGGGCUGGAUUUGGGAUCUUCCACUUCACAGACCUAGGAUUAUUUCUUAAGCAGUAACUGGGAAGUACAACACGUAAAACUUUGCAGCGACUAUUUCAAAAUAUGUCUGAAUCUAAGGCUGCUCAAAAAAAUGGGAUUAGUAUUUUUAUCAACUGAGUUUUUGAAGGCAAAGGACUGGCUUGGUUCCAUUUUCUUCUGCUGUUUGACGAACCUUUGAAGGAAGAAAUAAGGAAACAGAAACAUUUGGGACGCAAGCAAAUCAGUUUCUUCUACCUCUGAGAAGAUGGACCACAGGGCCGAAUGUGCACUGUUUCUCCAGGAGCGCAACAUGCACUGACACAGGCUUUGGAAGGGUCGGUAACGAGCUCCAGGGCAUUACCUAGCUCACGAGACAGGCCCACGGCUCUCCUGCCUGCAACUGUGAAGGAGAAGCCCGACUGGGGAAUGGACAAUCAGUCCUGGCCGCGGUCAGAUCCUCAAGGGUUCGGUGCUGGUGACGGAGGGAGGACAGCAGCCGGGCCCGAGGGUUUCGAAAACGCCACCCUCCACAACGGGACGCUCUGGCGGGGCCUGUACCCGGGCUGGGAGGGCACAGGGAACGGCAGCGCGCUGCCGGCCCACGAGAGGGACCUGGAGCUCGCCCGGGCCGAGAUCGCCGUGCUGGCCACCAUCCUGGCGCUGACCACGCUGGGCAACAGCCUGGUGCUCUGGGUGCUGCUCCAGCGCCGCAAGCACCACGCGCCCAUGCACGGCUUCAUGGUCAACCUGUGCUUGGCGGACCUCGUCGUGGCCUUCUUCCAGGUAAACCGGACUGGGCCGGGUCUGACUGGGGAAGGGGCACAGCAGGAGGCACGUUGGAAAGCUCUUCACGACUCGGUGCAACCUGUGCCACUGACUCAGACACACCCACUGAGGCCACUGCACGCACACUGACUCUCUGACACACCCACUGACAAUCUGACAAUCUGACACAUCCACUGACUCUCUGACACGCCCACUGACAAUCUGACAAUCUGACACAUCCAUCGACUCUCUGACACGCCCAUCGACUCUCUGACACACCCACUGACUAUCUG